AUGGGGCUGCUGGAGAUCACCCAAUCUGACAGCCCUCUUGACCCCACUGGUCUAGGGGUCAGCAAUGCAGUAACACUGGGGUCAUUCAGCACCUACAUUUUCUCUGAGUACAAGGUAGUGCCAUUCCCAAAAGUCCAAUUGAUUGGCACUGGAUACACAGAAAGGUCACAUAGUGUAUUGGAGCCAUGUCUGAGGGCUGAUGUUUGUGUUGUUUUGUUAUUGUGUUUGGUUUGUUUUUUUGUAAACGUGCACCGACGUCUCCCCAGACCGAAGAGAAAGUCCAAGUAUUCAGCGACACGCAGGCUUCUGCUAAAGACCAAACUGCUGAGAAAAGCAGAAAGUUUGCUGGUGAAAGAAAAAGAGCAAAAAGACGUGGAAAGAGAAAACGCCCUCAGGGAGAAAGCGCCUCCCCUUAAACUCUCUGGCCUUUCUGUUCAAGAACUGCAGGAGCUUUGUAAAGAUUUGCACGAAAAGAUCGACAUUGUGGAUGAAGCGCGAUAUGAUCUUGCUAUAAAAGUCGCCAGGAAUGAUGCAGAGAUUGUGUCGCUUACCCAGAGGGUCUAUGAACUGAAGGGCAAAAUGAAGCGGCCAAAGCUGAAGCGGGUGAAGAAGUCUGCAGAUGCCAUGCUGGGUGCCCUCACAGACAACCGAAUUAUGAAAGCUGACUUCAAAGCAAAUCUCAAAACAGUGAAAAAAGAAGAGGAAAAGAAGGAAGAGGUGACGGACUGGAGGAAAAACGUGGAGGCCAUGUCAGGCAUGGAGGGCAGGAAGAAACUCUUCAACGCCGGGCAGUAGACAAAAACUGUGCAAUAUUUUCACCAAUAGGGGGUUAUCUUCAUAUAACAAUGAUUACUUAAAUUUUAAUUACCUUGAAUAUUGUUUGGUAAAUUAUUCAUUUUGUCAGCCAGCUGUGUGCUUGCGAUAAAAUGUGAUAAAAUAAAUAUGUGGGCACUUUCCGUAGAGAAGGAUAAUAUUCAUAUCAUAUCGACUAUGUGUAAAUAUUUGCUUCAUACUCUUGUGUUGAUUGAAACUAAUAAGGUUCACCUUCUAGCAUGCUGAUUUUAUUACCUAUUUGUAGCAAUACAAGCAUUUCGUUUUUAAUAAAAUCCACCAUAUUAAAUAAA